GGCCACGGUCACAAAUAAACAGCGAUUGUGUUAUCACGCACACUAGCGCAGGCCGCCAAAGUAGUCUAACGUGUUGACUGUCAUUAUGACGUUUUUAAUGUGAAUUGAGUGUUUAUUCAAUCUAAUUUGAACUGAAAUUGGAUGUAACAUAUUCAAAAUGAAUAUCAAGGCAGCUUUGGCCAUAUGUAUGGUCUUCGUUGGAUGUUGUUCCAACGUAGUUUUUCUUGAAUUGGUUGUGAAAGAAGACCCAGGCGCUGGUAAUUUGGUGACUUUCCUACAAUUCUUAUUCAUCGCAUUUUGCGGUUUUUGUACCGUUGGAAAAUUCGGUACCGCGAAAAGGAACAUACCGUUCAAGCAAUACCUGAUUUUAGUUGGAUUCUUCUGGACAAGCAGCGUGGCUAACAACUAUGCGUUCGAUUUCAACAUAUCUAUGCCUUUACACAUGAUUUUUAGAGCGGGAUCCCUAAUGGCAAACAUGGCAAUGGGUGUAUGGAUUUUGAAGAAGCAAUACCCAGCGUUAAAAUACUUGGCUAUCUUCAUGAUUUCUGCUGGUAUAGCGAUAUGCACUAUACAGUCGAGUGGAGAAGUUAAAGCCCCUAGAGAAACCCAUUCAGAUGCAGAAGAAGAAGCUAGAUUGAAAUUCAUAGAUUGGCUUUGGUGGUGUCUAGGCAUAGCCAUACUGACUUUUGCAUUAUUCGUAUCAGCCCGAAUGGGUAUUUUCCAAGAAUCCCUAUACUCAAAGCAUGGAAAGCAUCCUUGGGAAGCGCUGUACUACGCUCACUUAUUACCGUUAGUAAUCUGGCUACCAUCAGCUCCAAAUUUAAUAGGACAUGUGAAAUUAGCCACAGAAACUGUUCCAGUGAAUUUCCUAGGAUUUACAUUGCCUGUUCAAGUAUUAUGGCUGCUUUUAUAUGUAGUUACUCAAGGUCUAUGUAUAAGUUCUGUGUACGUUUUGACGACUGAAUGUGCGUCUCUGACUGUGACUUUAACAGUGACUUUAAGAAAGUUUGUGUCACUUUUGUUUUCAAUAGUUUACUUUAAGAAUCCGUUUACGAUCGGACAUUGGAUUGGGACACUUUUAGUGUUUAUUGGUACUAUGAUAUUUACUGAAUUAUUGCAGAAGUUUGUCGCUCUGUUCUUGCCGGCUAAAGUUGAUGAUAAAAAGAAGAAGAUUUAGUUUCUUGUCAAGUUUUUUGAAAUGUAUUUUUUUUUCAGUAGAAGAACUCAAUUUCGUUUGUUAUUUAUCUUAAAGCAUUUAAUGGCUAGGAAAAUACUUUUUCGUACCCAUAUUCAUAACCAUCAAUAGUUAUUUGUUUUACAAGGGGGCAAAGUUGUUGUUUAACCGCUCGUGUUAAUAUUGAUACCCGAGCAAUCGAAAGAUUCCAGAAUUGAACCACGAGCGUAGCAAGUGGUUCAAAAAUGGAAUCUUGAGCGUUGCGAGGGUUUCAAAGCAGGAGGGUUAAACAAAAUUUGCCCCCGAGUGAAACACAAAAUUUUUCACCACACCAACCCGAAGCAAAUAUUAAAUGUAAAAUAUCAAACAAAAUCAAACCAAAUAAAAUUCAAAUGAAUGAUAUUCAAUAUUAAUCAUCUAAAAUCAUCAUUUAAAAGUCAAUUCUCCCAGCAAACAUAAGAAAACAACUCAAAAUUUGCAUUUGAUUACUUUGCCUCACAUGUGAAUUACUGAUAGCAAAGUGCAACUUUGCUAUCCGUUUUUGAAGUGCAAAGUAGGUCUUUCCGAGCUGGUGUGGUGAAAAUAGUUGAUUCUAUCACCUACUUAUACAUAAUAAUAAAAAUCUAUUUUAAGAGCAGUUCUAGUUUCUAAAAGCCUAAUACAACCUUCUAAUAGAAUGUAAAUAUACUUUUAACGAUAGCUAAUAAAAUAUUGUAUAAUUGAAAAAUUAUAUAAAUUCAUAUUCUUCUAGAUCAACCAUUUUUCUUUGUAUAAUCUAUAUAUAAUCUAUA